AUGCGUCGACACAUCCUGCAGUGCUAUCUCGCAGCAGUUAGCAUAGUCAUAUUCGGAUGCGCCCAUGCCAACCAUGACUUAAAGUUUAUCGCCAGCGACGGAGCCGGUCUCCCAGUCGCACUCGACUCCUUCAACGGUCUGGAACUUCGCGACAGCUUCGACGAGAACGGCGAAUCCAACGGCCUCGAUCUCGUCCGCCGAUACCCCAACAAUGCCAAAUCCCUCGGGAAUAACCGAUUCGAGUCCUCCACACUGAAUAUCGGCGAUGUAUUGUGGUACUACCUACCCAAGGACGUGGUGAACGGUCCCCACGCCGCCGCGGGGGUGGGACUCCCUGCGUACGUGUCCGACAACAACGACGAAACAAGCUCAAGCCAUGAAUCACUGAAACGACAUAUCGCCGAACGAGCGACAACAACGGUCUACCUGUCGUUGACGACUUGUAGCAAGCCACACACCAAUAAAACAGGUGCGCAUGGCGCAUUCCCCCAAUUGGAAGUUUACGUUUCGGACUCGAAUAAUUUGGAAGAGCCCGGACCGGGCAAAGAUGAUGACCUGCAGGUCAGACACACAGCAGUGGGAGGGUACCUCGGAAUCACGAAGGAAACAGACAGCGACGUGUUCAUCGGGGUCGCGGCGCCGAAUACCACAGACUACGCUGGUAGCUACACGUUCCAAAUCGCGGCCUCGAUCGACGAACACUUUCACAAGUGGGUGAACGAUACCAAUUUAUACUUCAUUGACGCGGACAAUUCGGCUGCGCUGCUCGUCACGAACAAUCUGACGGAGUCGGAGAGUAACUCUACAAAUUACGAGCAAUGGAUGAACAUGGUGCCGCCGUUUACGAUGUUCGCGCACAAUGUGAACAAUACCGCGCUUAAAGGCUUGGAACGGUCCUUCUGUGCCCUCGACAGCCUGUCGCAGGUCGGCCGGAUCAGCAACAUCACUGAAGUUGGUAUGACCAAGCGAGGCUUAGGCAACAAACCGAAAGAGCAAUUUUACAUAACGGGCUUGAACCGAAGCUCCUCCUACGAGGGCAUCCUCGCAAUGAUAGGAAAUUCCACUACAUCGGGCAACAGUAUUGUCGGCGGCGGUGGAUCUGUCUGGAACCCAAUGACAUUCGAAACGAAAGCAGAUGACAACUGCGCCGUCCUCUUCAAUCUAACAUUCUGCUCCGAGGUCGCCUACGCCGUGCCAUCAAACCCAAAUUUAAGUGUGGACAAGCUGCGUACAAUCUACGACAGUCACGCCUCGAAAUACUACAAGAACUUCAACUAUUCGUUGCAGCAAGUACAAUGCAAGACCGACGAGGAAUCAAUGUUCUCUUUGGCAGUCACCUGUGAAGAUUGCGAAAAUGCAUACAAACAAUGGCUAUGCGGCGUGACCAUCCCCCGAUGCGCAGAUUACUCUGCCACAGACUCCUUCCUCGCUGUGCGCAAUGCAGGACAAGAUUUCAUUAACGGCUCAUCGCUACCAAGUGAUAGUCCGUACAGAAAGUCCACCGCGACUAAUAACUCGCGCAAUGCCAUCAUCGAUGAACUCAUCAAACCGGGUCCGUAUAAGGAAAUUCUGCCCUGUCAAGAUAUUUGCCACACGCUGGUGAAGAAUUGUCCUACGAAGCUAGGCUUCUCCUGUCCCGAGGGCAGGUGGCUGAAUGCUUCGUAUGGAUAUCGGAAUUCUGGCGGAGACAUCACCUGCUCAUUCAUGGGUGCUGCAUAUGAUUUGAGCCUCGGGGUCCAGGUCGGUAUUGGAGCUUGGUGGGUUGUUUUGGUUGCGUUCUUGUUUGUUUGA